GUUUCAGCCGCCGGUUACAGAGCAGCGGACACAGAGGCAGUAGGACCGAGAGGGAGAGGAGUCACGACCGUCCUAAAACCAGCAUUUCUCUUUUAUUCUCCACACACUCCGACUUACAGUCCAUCUGAACCCGUGUCCCCUCCACGGCCGCGUUCCCCACGUUGGCGAAAGUGACUCAGAAUCAUCACUGAACGACUUGACAUCGUAACAAAGUGACCCGAGUCCGGACUUUUUUUUGUUGUUAUUGUUGGAGGGGUUUUUUUUAUUUUUAUUUUUGGUCGUUAUUUCCUGCACAGCCCCCGACAGCACAUUCCCACGGAGCUGAGGGAAUUAUCAUCUUCCCCGCAGACUCCCGCAUCUCUCCGUCUCUCCUCUUGCCUUGUCUGUAGCUGACUCAUUUUGCUGCGUCCGGGACCAUGGCGGAGUACAGCUCUCUGCUCAGCGACCUGUCUGAAAACAUCACCAACGAGGAUUUGGAGCAGCUUAAGUCGGCCUGCAAGGAGGACAUCCCCGAAGACCAGAGCAACAACAUCACCUCCUCCAAGGAGUGGUUCAGCUACCUGGAGAAGAACGACAAGCUGGCCCAGGAUAACCUUUCGUACAUCGAGCACAUCUUUGAGAUUUCGCGGCGACCGGACCUGCUGACGAGGGUGAUCGAGUACCGCACGACUGUGCUGAAGAUUUCUGAGGAUGACGAGAUCGACACCAAGCUCACGCGCAUCCCCUCAGCCAAGAAAUACAAAGACAUCAUCCGCCAGCCAUCUGAAGAUGAGAUCAUCAAGCUGGCCCCUCCGCCCAAAAAAGUGUGAGACGACCCCCAGCCCUGAUCUUUGCACCUUGAUUUCGUCACCCCUGGCACUCCAAUCAACCGACCGACCAUUUCUGACCGACCCCAUCCCUCCUCCACCGCACCCCUCUCACACACGUGCACCCACAACCUUCCUCCCUGCAGCCCCACAUGCCCGUGACGCAGUACCGCGCAGGCCGACACCCUCAGAGCAACCAAUCAGACCGUAGCGACGCAGCCUGUUCCCAAAGUCAGACGAGAUGGGAAGACAAACAGACACUGCAAGAAGAAAUCUGAAGAGUGUGUGUGGUGAGGAGAGCGCCACCUCGAUUCUGAGUGGGUCAGUUGAUAAUGAGUGUUACUGUGAUACUGUGUUUAUGCAACCGUCUGUGUGUGUGACUUGACUUGUUAGUCAAGGUUGGUACAUUGCAACCUAUAUUCACCAACCAGGAGCGAGGCAGACAUUACAAACCCCACCUCCAAAUGAUAUAAUGAAAUGAAAUGGCUAUUUUUUAAGAAAUUCUUACAAGUAACCCUCAUAGUAAUUCUGAUGCAUUGUAUGUCGUGUACAGUGAUACAUAACUAUGACUAACAUUACUCAGCAAUGCUUAAAUGUCCUCCUGUUUCUCUCACCUAUUUUGAAUGUGCAAUAUAGCCAAAAUAUAGAAACUAUUAACUAAAACUAUGAAAGUAAAAUACAUAGUUUACAGGACCAACGAUCCAUUUAAAAACAAAACCGCAGCUAACACAGUAGAAAAUCUAAACAAGUCUAAAUUUCCACUUCAUUGCUGAUAGUGCUUUUGUGUGUUGCUGCAUAAUUGUUCAGGUAUGUUAGUAACGUGAAAGAAAUAGUAUUGAAGCCACACUCAUGUCUGCACUCAGAGGGUUAGCUUUAGCAUUGACGGGAUAACAGCUAGCCUGGCUGUAGCCUCAUUUGUUUCUCCUGAUAUUUCGUAAAUAAGAAUAAAUAAGAUUUAACUUGGUGGAUGUUGUAGAUUCACCCUAACUUUGUGUAAUCAGUGAAGCUACCUGUUCAGAUUAAAUAAAUGAGAUGGUGGUAAGGUGGAUUUUUAUUUUUAUUUUUGACAGAUUUAUGCUAGCAGUUUCCCCUUUAUGAUAAGCUAAGCUAACGUACCUGCCUGCAGAAAACAAUCUUCUCAUCAAACUUUCUAGAACAAAAGCUAAAUAAACACGUUCCUGUUGCAUUUAUGACACUCUGACAUGAUAAUAAUUUUAUUCUGUUUAAAGUUUUUUUUUUAAUGCCCUAUUUAAAUGGUCAGUUGCACAGGAAACAACGAUAAUUGGCGCAUUUGUAAUGUGAACAUUAUACUUAGCUUUAGCAUGGACAGGGGGAACAGCUAGCCCGGCAAUAGCGUCAGCGUAUGCUCUGGUUAUUUCGUGCAGAUUAAAUAAAUGAGAUGCCGGUAUAGGUGGAUUUUGUUUCUUGGCUGUUUUCCCCACGUAAUGAGCUAAGGUAAACUAACCCAAUGCUGACAGCUCUGUUUUUUCUUAUUUAAUGGGAUGCUGGAAAAUGGAUAUUGUUGACAGAGUCAUUGCAGCAGUUUUUUUUUACUAAUGAUAAGCUAAGCUAAUUUAACUAAUUGCAGACAUGAGUGCGGUAAUAAUCUUCGCAUCAGACUCUCAGAAAACAAAAAAAAAUAGAAAAAAAUAUGUUUGCUCACAUGUCUAGCUAUUCAUUUCAUAGUUAGUUCAGAGUGAAAAAAAGUUACCAUUUACCAUGAAGUCAUUCUGUUUAAAACGUUGAGUCAAACUUAAAGGACGAGACAGUCUCUAUUCCUCAGCUUGAGAUUCUACAUGCAUUCCCUUUACUCUGACAUAGAUAAUUAUAUCAUGUUUCUAGAGGAUAAAAAAGUCAAAUAUUCUAGAGGAAGAUAUUUAAAAUAGAUUUUCGCAGGAAAAGCCAAUAUUUGCCUUUAGCUCAUAGCAAGAGAUAUUUAAAGAAAAUAUUUAGAUUUACUUACAGAAGUUCCCUGUCCUUAGAUUUUUUUAUGAUGGGCACCAGUUAGUGUGAAAGUCUUUAGUAUGAGCUGCAGACAUGUAAAUAUACAAAUAAUAUAUUAAAAGAAAAAUGUAGUUAAAAUAAUAUAUUGACCUGCAGCUUUAUAUUUUGUUGCAAGGACAUUGGCCCGGACAGCAAAUUUCCUCUGCACGUGCAGUUUUACAUCUGUCUGGCAACUAAAGACUCUCAUGCUAACUAUGUCUAAUCCGAAACAAACUGAGAACAAAAACUAACUUUGGGCUAUAUUAGAAAAUAUAAAAAUAUAUUUUGAGAUGGUAUUGGCUAUAAUAUUUACUGUGCAAAAAUAUUGCAUGAUAUAUAAAAAUAUGGAAACUAAACCUUUUUUUUUAUCCCUUUGUCUCCAUUUCAUUUGUUGCAUAGAGAAUAACUGACAAGUAUGUAAUUACCUUUUGAAUGAAAAAAAAAAAGCCUCAGAUCAAAGUGCAGGAUGGUAGAAAACACGAGAAGAAAGAGAACACACAGCACGUGAUACCAAAACACGUUCUUAAUAAAUACUACAUUAGAUUACAGUAGAUUGUGACGCUGAACUCUAAUGCACACAGCAGCUCAUAACCCUCUGACUAUGCCAUUCCUGCCAUGCACCGACACAAUACCUAGCAAGACUGUUGAAACUAAACUAUAAUAACUGCUCUUUUGAACACUGUGUAUCUUUUUCCCCGCGAUGAAGCCUUAGCAGACUUUGCGUUCGCCCCAAAAAGUUUUUAGAACUGUGAGAGGUCUUCGUGUGGAGCGGAGGAAGGCGUACGCGCACGUCUAGUCAAUCAAAAUGGCUCUCACUUUUUAAAGAGACCAGCUUUUAUUCCGAAAAUUUGCUAAGGACUUCAGUGUUGGUGUGUACACAAUGUCUGUGGUCUGUUUCUGCACCCGUCUUUGUUGUCCUCAAAGCUGUAGGAUCAAAAAGAAUGAGGCAACAGUAUAAAAAUUUGUCAGUGUAUGACUAGUUAUUGAGCCCCGCUCCGCUGCUUCCCCACUACGUUCCCCUUUGCCGCCGCUCUCCCCUCCCCACCCCAGUGCCAACGACCAAGACUUUUAUUUUGAUCGCAGUUGUUGGGAUCACUUGUUUUCUUUUUCGUAUUGCUCGACGUGUAUUGUAGUGUUGGACUGAUUUGUAUCCUAUGCAUUUAUGUCUGUAGGAAAACUCUGCACUGUAACAUAUCCUCCCAAAAAUCACUUAAUCUUACGAACUGAGCUCUUUAACCGUGUCGGGGCGUUUGCCAAGAUCCUGAUGUUCUUGUAUUCAGUUUGCAUGAUGCUGGAUGGAGUGACACUUACAAAAGUGUGCGGUUUCAGGAAAGAAAUAAGUGCUUGUUACCCAAUAUUCAUUGUUUGAAACUGGGGGAAAUAAACAACUAGACCAACUAUACUGUUCAACUCACAUUCUGCUCUUUUGAAAGCAAAGUCUUAACAUUUAGUAGUUUAAUCAGUGCAAUAGUUUGCAUCAUACAUCCAGUUAAUAAAGGCUUGAUCAAGCUUUUUAUAAUACUUAGAAAUAGCUCACCCUUAAAUACUUGAACACUAUUAUAUAAAAGUUAACUGAACUGAAUCUGUUCUUGUUGGAGUCCUCCACAGAGUGGCCUACCAGCCGCUUCCGGACUUAAAUAUAUCAACACAUACCAAGUUGAUUGACUGAAAAUACGUGCACACAUUCACGGCGCCCAGAGGAUGGAUCACGAAGAUUUCAGUGAUCCCCUGAGUUUUCUUAACCUCGAUUCAUAGCUGUUUGAGCAACUAUGAAAUGUAUCACCAUCCACUCUGGGUGGAUUUUAAUAACUCUGGUGGUUUGCCUUAUUUUAUAUUUAUUUUAUAUAAAUAGGGCCAUCAUGUGGAUCAAAGUUUUGUUCAUUCCCACAAACCCAAGAUAUCAAUUGGUGUUUAGCAAAGAUCUGAAAAUGUGCCAAACUGUAGUUGACCACAGCAUCAGCCAGUAAGGAAUUGGGUCGUUCAAAUUCAACUGCAAGAUGAGCAUAGUGAUCAUAAGGCCCAUCCUGACACAUGCACGGAUCUUUUCAGGUGGUUUAUAUAUAACAGUGUUGAAGUUUCUCCUCAGUGUCCAGACCAGCCUGCGCUAGGCCAGACCCCAAGUGAAGCGGUGGCUGCCCUCCUACAACUUUAGCCUAUUAAACACAGAGUGGGACCACUGCAUCAAUCACAAAGCCAAACCAGGAGCAUUUUAUCAGGCAAAGGGAGGCAGAUGAGCUCACUGCUAUGACCUGUGGGUAAUGGUCUUUCCCAGUGUUAAAAUGGAUGCAGUCAUUGCCCAUGAAUGUUGGAUUGCCACUUAUGAUUCCUGUGAAGAGCUUUGGUAAUUUAACACACCAAAACUUUUUCUUUGCAAAACUCAGCAUGCGUUUCCAUUAUAGUAGACAAACAAACAAACAAAAAAAUACAUAUAUAUAUAUAUAUAUAUCAGCAAAGGAGGAUUGGGGCCACUGAAAUUAUUUUUGUUCCUUUUUAUUUGAAGUGCUUCUUGAAAAGCAGCUUGUGAAUUGUGACGUAUGUGACCAAGGGACUUUUUUUUUAUUUUAGUUUUUCUCACUUUAAGAAUUUCAGUAGAAAUUCACGAGGCAAUGGACUUAGCAAAUGAGUGGUAGUUUUAGAAAAAAUCCAACUGCCUGAUGUUAUAGAAGCUCCUGAUUAAAGCUUAAGUUAAAUCAGUUAAUAACGUUAAUCACUGUCAUCAUCGAAAUGUGGCUGUGCUGCAACUUUUUUUUGUGUGUCCCCUCCCCAACUUCUUCCUUCCUACUUGUCUGAAGUCAAGUCCCAUGAUUGUUCACACGUGGCACAGUCCAUCUGGCUUCAUCACCUGGCAGAUUAUGUCUGGCAUUGCUUAGCUGUUUCCUCUGUAGCCACCGGCACAUAAUAUAUUAACAUAUCAUCACGAAUGAUGUCAAAUUUGGAUUUCUUUUCAUGUACCCAGUACAUAUCAACUUAUUAAAUGCUGCAAAAGUAUAAGCCAACUAACAUACACACGUAUUUGUGGUAAAUACAUAAUUGUAACCAAUUCAUGAGUGUCGAUGAAGAGGCAGACAUUUUGUGAAGGUAUUCAGCAUGUAAUGUUAACAGUCAAUUCAAAUUCAAACAAGUAAUGUUUUUGCUUAGGGACUGUGGUUUUGCUUUUGCUGUUUGUUUUUUUGUUGUUGUUUUUUUUUUUCAUUUUAUUAUGCUGUAAAUAUGUAUUUUGAAUAUAUAUCACUUGUUUGUUUUUAAAUUGAUUAAUUUAUUUAAUGCCUAUAUAUUCUUGUUUUUACAUGUCCCGACUUUGUUUUACUCAUUUCAAACAAAUCAAGGGGAUGAAACAUUGUUCUUAGCUUAUACCAUGCAUCGAUACUUUCUAAUUUAUGUUAUUCUCUUCUUUUGUGUUUGUUGUUUCGACUUUGGGUGAUGGUUUUUACAGGAAAAAAAAAAAAAGAAGCGAUACUCAUUUAAUUGUAUUUACUGAUAUGUGACAUAUUACGUUUUACUGUGUCGUAUUUGAUCAGACGUGUUGUGGUCACUGCUUGUAACAUGAUUUUAUUCAGAGAGUUUCCAAAUCAUGACAAAAGAAGAAAGCAGUCACAAGAGUCUGCCAUCUUGUUCGUAGAGACAUGUUGUCACUUGCACGUUGCACCAAGAACAAGACAUUUUAAGAGAGUCUUAAAAUGUAAGGCUGGGUAGGUGCAUGUACAAAAUCAUGAAUGGAUUUUUGUUUUACCAGAGUGGUAUUUUCUAAUUACACUCGCUGAGAAAAAAAAAAAAAAAAAAAAAAAAACAUUGUGGAAAAACAGGAAACUGAUAACCAUCAUCAGCUCAAUACACAGUCAGACUACGGAAGCCCAAAGUGUUCAGUAUUACAUGAAUAAAAUACAUAAUUGUAAAAGAAAUUGUAACAAGGAUUAAUUGUCUAAAAUAAUCUUUUACGCAAAUGUGUAACACAAAACCUCCUCAACUGCUACUGCAAUUAGCCACUUAGCUCAUUUUAGCUACAGUAAUGUCAAAGUAAUUCUUAUUCAACGGUCUUGUGGUAGAUCCUCCAAACAGAUGGACUCAGUAACUUUUAAUUUACUUCAAUAACAUGCUACACAUCUAUCCAGAUUUACAGCUAGUAGUAGUGGUGGGCCUAACCACAAGGUUCUAGCUAACACUGCUAAACAACCAAGCUUCUUAGGAAGCUAGCAUGUAGGUAGCAUGUGCUGCCUUGUUUGGCUAAUUGAAAGGUUAGUUACUGUGCAUGUGUUCAUAUUGAGCUUCAUUACUUCAGUUAGAAUAUAUUUGUUAUUGUUUUGCUCUAGCUGAUACAAGCUAAAUUGCUAAAUCUUGUAGCAGUCUUUGAUUUUAUUAGCUUAUGAACAGCAGAAUUGAGUUUUUAUUAAAAACAAAAUAAUUUAAUAAUGUUGUUGAAUUGAGUUGAUAUUCUUAUUUAUUCUUUAACGUAAGGUAAAGAUAGUUUAAUAUUAAACACUUGAGGCUCCGUACUUUUAUUUGCUAUUUGUUUAAUGAACAAAGGAUGAAGUGAUAGAUUGAGGCGCUAAUGUCAUGAGUGCUGGGCAGAGUAGUGUGAAGUAGUGAGGAAUAGUUUUAGGGGUUUGUAGCUGUGAAAGAUAAAAUGUAGACGUGUGAGCAGAGCAAAAUAUGUAGGUUCAUAGUUUGGGAAGUGUUUUCACAUCUACAUGUAGUUGCAGUGUACUAUUCUGAAUGUGGCACAAGAAUGCUGUACAAUGGUGAGAUGGAGUUGAUAAUAGGGUUACUGUUAACGUUGGGAAUGCUGAAUGUCUGAAGUUGCGCAACGAUGAGUUAUUUUCUGUCUUUAACUACCACGGGAAGCUUGUUACGUAUUAUUUAUACAGUUGUACGUUCCUCAGUAUUGUGCAAGCUUUUUAACCACAUGCACUUAACCACGUUUCUGUUGAGCUGCGCUGCAAAAAAAAAAAAAAAAAAAAACUGUGUUUUUCUUUUCUUUGUGACAAAUAAAGUUUACAUUUCUUGCGUUAAAAAGCAAGCUUUCACAUCAUAGAUAAAAGUGCCAAGUGGAUUCAGUUGCAAACUACUGGGGUGUGGUGGGCUUGAAAAUCAUGACGUUCUCGAAAUUUAGCAACUUGCCAAGAUGUUUGUGGUGAACAAUCGUUUCUUCGGACGGUCACAUCGACAUGUGUGGCCAGACCAGAGCUUCUUCUGAGGUGUUUGUGUUUUGCGGUAGCAGACUAUAGAGGCUGUGUUGAAGUGACGUGCAUCAUAUGAUCAUUCUAACCGGAGUGGUGUGAUCUGUGACAGUGGGUGCAGGGUUAACUAAAAACAUUCCUUUGUGUUGUGGUUUAGGUUUUGUAAGCAUCUGACAAUUUGAGCUAGCAUGCAGGGCUGUGUAGGUGUGAGGAAGGUUUUGCAGGCAGCAAUUGAAAAGUCUAAUUAUGUUUCAGUGCUCUAUGAAUUAUCUCAAUACUCUUGGCGGUGGAUGGUCUUUGAAAUACUAACGUAGUGACAGACAAAAUUCGUUUUUGAUUUGAAAUUCUUCAUUUUCUGCUGUUAACUCGAUUAUUGGCAGUUGUGUUCAAUGAGUUCAGGCGGAAAGCAUUCACAAGAACAGCUAUGAAUUCAAACAUUUUCACUGAUGUAACCUUGCUGCGUUUCAUUCUGAGAUUUGCCUUGUGUGUCACUGCCUUGAGAGUCAGUCAGUGGAAUGUUUCCUCUCAUCUUCUGCUAGUCUGUUGUUUCGUAAAGUGUAUACGGUAGUUCUUUAAUGGUGUAGCAAGUGACAGAUGUGGUUGUUUCACAGAGUCCAACAUGUCCAUCGUGUUACUUAUGGCUAAAUGUGACAAUGUGGAUUUACACCUGUUAGAUAUUGUACACAGUCAGAAAGGUUUGAGAUGGUAAACUGAUCCAGUUUUGUCCCAGCGACAAUAAAACAAAAUAGGUUUUGAGGGUGUGACGUUGCUCAACAAUGCAAUGAGUGUCAUUACAUCCAUUCUAUUUUCACAUUCAGCUCACACCAUAACCUGGCUGGGUGCCACGGGCUCAAUGCUGUUAGAAACUUUUGCUAAGGUGGAACAAGUACUUCAGGAUUUCUAUUGCAGUGACUGCAACAAAACAUGGUCUGAGGUAUUCAAACUAAUAUAAAGGUGUGGCUUUUUGUCAUGAUUUAAAUGAGACUGUACUGAAAUUAUGCCAUUUUGUCAUUGUGCUAAAAUGAAUAUAAAUAUUAUAUAUUAAAAUAUAUUUGCUAACCUAA